CCAACCUAGAUUUCUAGAUCUACUUACAUUAGGCCUAGAUUCUAAUUGUUUUUUAUUUUUCUUUAUUUUUUCACACUAGGCUAGAGAAUUUAAAAUAGACUAGGACAGUCAGUAGUUAUAGCUGAGUGAUAGCCUACUCACUGCAGAUACUAGAUUCUAGAAUCUAGACUACAGUUAAUAAAGUCAGGCGUAAUCAAUUCAAUAUGGAUCAGAAUAGCCAUUGGCUCGGGGGCCUAAUCAUUUUUUAUUAAAAGUCUAGAAUUUAGAUUAUUGUAGAUCUAGAGUCUAGUCCAGAUUCUAGAUCUAGAUCUAGAAUUCUGGAGCAUUACUAGAUCUAGAUCUAUAUUCUAGAUCUAGAUUUUCCUUAGUAAUAAAUCAAUACCGCAGCAAUGGCCCUCGGGAAAUCGCCUUUCUCAAUUAAUCUUAUUGACUGCAAAGCUGCCCUGAGGGAAGUCCUAGAGACUUUAGCACAGCCAGAGAAUGCAGCUAAAAUAGAAGAAGCAAGGCAAGCUGCUGGUAAUGAUAUGCUCAAAAGCAUGCAGACAGUCUUUCCUCUGGUAACACAAAUGCAAAUGCAGGUGAUACAGCGAUAUGGUUUUCUCCCAGAUGGGGAAGGUCUAGUCCAGUUCACAAAGACAGUGAGAGUAUUUGAAGAACAAGAUCAAGAAGUUCGUCAGCUCAACAGUCAGCUUCGUGUAUUACUUAUUCCCCCAGUUCAUGUGCCCCAUCCUGUUGCACCACUUGUUCAUCUCAAUGGAGGCAGUUAGUCCCAUGGACGAGCAGUGGAGGCAGUUAGUCCCAUGGACGAGCAGUGGAGGCAGUUAGUCCCAUGGACGAGCAGUGGAGGCAGUUAGUCCCAUGGACGAGCAGUGGAGGCAGUUAGUCCCAUGGACGAGCAGUGGAGGCAGUUAGUCCCAUGGACGAGCAGUGGAGGCAGUUAGUCCCAUGGACGAGCAGUGGAGGCAGUUAGUCCCAUGGACGAGCAGUGGAGGCAGUUAGUCCCAUGGACGAGCAGUGGAGGCAGUUAGUCCCAUGGACGAGCAGUGGAGGCAGUUAGUCCCAUGGACGAGCAGUGGAGGCAGUUAGUCCCAUGGACGAGCAGUGGAGGCAGUUAGUCCCAUGGACGAGCAGUGGAGGCAGUUAGUCCCGUGGACGAGCAGUGGAGGCAGUUAGUCCCAUGGACGAGCAGUGGAGGCAGUUAGUCCCAUGGACGAGCAGUGGAGGCAGUUAGUCCCAUGGACGAGCAGUGACCAAAUGAUUGCUUGCAGACGAGGGGCCACUGUGUCCAUCUGAUUUGCUUCACUUGGUGGCUGUGGUGGACUAGUGGGCUUUAAGUUGCUUCACUUGGUGGACUAGUGGGCUUUAAGUUGCUUCACUUGGUGGCUGUGGUGGACUAGUGGGCUUUAAGUUGCUUCACUUGGUGGACUAGUGGGCUUUAAGUUGCUUCACUUGGUGGCUGUGGUGGACUAGUGGGCUUUAAGUUGCUUCACUUGGUGGCUGUGGUGGACUAGUGGGCUUUAAGUUGCUUCACUUGGUGGCUGUGGUGGACUAGUGGGCUUUAAGUUGCUUCACUUGGUGGCUGUGGUGGACUAGUGGGCUUUAAGUUGCUUCACUUGGUGGACUAGUGGGCUUUAAGUUGCUUCACUUGGUGGCUGUGGUGGACUAGUGGGCUUUAAGUUGCUUCACUUGGUGGCUGUGGUGGACUAGUGGGCUUGAAGUUGCUUCACUUGGUGGCUGUGGUGGACUAGUGGGCUUUGAGUUGCUUCACUUGGUGGCUGUGGUGGACUAGUGGGCUUUAAGUUGCUUCACUUGGUGGCUGUGGUGGACUAGUGGGCUUUAAGUUGCUUCACUUGGUGGCUGUGGUGGACUAGUGGGCUUUAAGUUGCUUCACUUGGUGGCUGUGGUGGACUAGUGGGCUUUAAGUUGCUUCACUUGGUGGACUAGUGGGCUUUAAGUUGCUGCUGCUCUAGUCUAGACAGGAAGGAGACUUUUUAGCUUAGAAUUCUUUUUGCCUUUAAAUUAAAUCAUAAAUAAAACAAAAAUAUUUUUUCGCCACAACUUAGAAUUUUUUUAAAACUAACAUUUCCACAGUCAAAUUUUUGUUUAAUAAGUCCUCUUAGAUAAAAAGGAAAAACCUUUGAUUUAUUUACUAAAUAGGACAUUCUUUUUUUAUUCAUUUGGUCAGAUAAAUCUUUACUGUCCUAUGUAGGCAAAAACGCCUAUUCUGUCUACACCAUUCUUUUUGCUCACUAUCAGGGUUGUUUGCUGCUCUUCAAGAUAUAUGGCAUUGUCAUUAAAAGAACUGCUCAACUAACCGCAUCCAUUUUCCUCUAUGAACAUCCUAAAUCAUACUAAAUGUAGCCUAUUUGGUUUUUUAAUAAUCAAUCAUUGUAAGAUAGAUCUUUUAGGUAUACUCUUGUUAUUUAUUACAAGCUUUUAUUCCUCUGUCUAUCUGUAUGGGUCAAAACAGGCCAUCGAAAUAUUGAACACUUAAAACCAACCUAUUUUAUCUAUUGUAUACAAUCUUAUCUAUUGAAUACCUUCACUAAAAUUUGAAAAGGGAACCACGCUUUUCUAUACUGUUAUUCAAAUAGUAGUGUAUUAUUAUAUUUAUAUAUGUAAAUAAAAUAAUUUUUUCUC